CAAAAAAAUUGUUUUUAAACUAAGUUUUUAAAAGAAAUAAAAAAAAACAAUGCACGUAAACUGGGCACGGUGGCAACAGCCUAUCGGCGGUAAUAGCAAUUACAAUUUUCAAUUCCAAAGCUUCCAUUGUGCUGUUGUGCCCCAGACGCCUCAAACACAAAGUAACAUCUCGUGGCAAGAGCAGCUUCAGUUCCAAUUAGUCUACCUGGGCCUUUUGACACAGUACCAGCAAAAGCAGCAAUUUUCAUUAUCCAACGUACAAUUUGGAUCAACACCUCAAUCAUUAAACUCAUCUUUCAACCGUGGCCAAAAUUACAGCAGGUACAACAAUUACACCAACUACAAUAAUUACAACAAAAACUCAUCAAAGAAGACAAAAACAUUCACCGAGCAACCAAGUAAGACAAUACCAACACCUAACUCUACUGAUAAUAACCCUAGUGAUAACAAUAGCGCCAAUAACGACGAGACAAUGGAACCCCAAGACUUUGUAAUGGCCACGCGGUUCAACGCUUUUUCUGUUAAUUUUAAGAACUUCAACGCCAUUAGUGAGGAUCAAGUGCACGAAAUAUUUUCAGUCUACGGUAAAAUUAAGCGUGUAAAACAAACCGGAAGCGAGACUGGUCUUUGCUUUGUUAAUUUUGAGACUGAAGAGGAUGCUCUGAAAGCUGCAGCGGGAAUCAAAGGUCGCUCUGACUUGAAACUGCGUCCAACUAAAGAUAAUCGUUCGAAGCAUUCCAAUGAUUUUAACAAUCGAAGCGUUAAUAAUGAUGAUAAUAAUUUUUCCAAUGGAAAUAGUGGUGAAAAUAAUUAUUCCAAUGAAAAUGGCAGGAAAAAUUAUUCUGAUGGUAAUAGAAGUAAUAACUCUUAUAAUAAUAAUGACAAAAAAACUGAUUGUUUUAACGCUUGUGACGAUAAAAUUGUUGAAUCAACAAGUGAUGAUUUUUCUGUACCGAUAUCGAGUGAAGUAAACAUCGAAAUAAAAACAACAGAGACCACAGAGCUGGAAGAAGUAUCAAGUUACGCUGAUAAGAGUAUAAACAACACAGUUCAGUCGUCUGACCCUCCGGUUUCAAUCGUAGAACCACUGGUGGAGCAUCGUCAUGAAGACAAUGACACAAGUGAUCAGCGGUCGACCAUUUCGACUAAGUCAGAGGUCCAGAUUCCGGAGUUAGUUGCCAAGACGGCGAAAUUGUCAAUGGCAAGGACUUCUUCCAUGGAAGGAGGAGGAAGAGGAGUAGGAGUAGGAGUUCCGAUAGAGAAAACCGCUGUGGAAGUUCUGGUGGCCAACAUCCCCGAGGGAGUCAAUGUUCAUGGGAUUCUACAAAUGUUGGACAAGUAUCAUCCCAUUGCUGCUACAAACAUCCUGACUUAUGAACCGAGUAGCAUGAGAUACUGCCGGAUUUAUUUUACGUCUCAGCAGCGCGCAGCAGACGUCGAAGCUGAGUUUGAUAAUUGUGUGCUCUUGAAUAAGCCGCUGCUUGUUGUUAGAGCUAGAAAUUUUGUUAAUUAAUUAAACGGGAUUUGUUUUUUAU